AUGUCAGUGGUUUUGACUGAAGAUCAGAAACGACAGAUUGAAACAAAUCGGUUGAAGGCACUGGCCAGGCGAGCAGAGAGGUUAGCGUUACAGCAGCAAACACUAUCUCAACAGAACUCUGCAUUUCCAUCCACCCACCAGAAUGGACUGCAGUACACCCCAACUCACCGUCACCUUGGACUGGUACAACAGAGUGAUUCUGCAGCAGAGGUGGCAUCACCUCUAUGCACUGGACAACAAAAGGCUGCUGUUAUCGAUGCUGCGCCUCAAGCUUACCUCAAGAUGGAGAAUGGGGACGCCAAGUUCACUCCUUUUGUAACACAACCUGACUCCAUGACCAAAGGCGUUCCACCCUGUACCACUAAGGAAAGGAAUAUGCUGGCAUCUAAUAGUUCGGAGCAGGAGACUUGGGCUGGGGCAAACCUGGGGCAUUCCGUUUCUGGUAAUGCCGACUUACUAUCAGGGAAAAGCCAUUCCAGUUCAGCUGGAAUCUCAUUGGGAAACUGGAGCAAUAAUUACAGGGGCAGCUGUGUGAAGCACUCUAAGGAUCGAUUUCGUGUGGAAAUUGGAUACAAUGCAGAGCUAGUUUCAAUCUUCGAAACAAUCCCAAGUAGGAAUUUUGAUACAGCCACCAAGAUGUGGAACUUCAGCCUGGAUGAUUACAACCACUUGAUGGAGAGAGUGAAACUGGUUCCAAGAACCACGUUAACGCCUCUAGAUGGAAUGUCAGAACCAGAGAUGGCCAUUGCUACCAGUUCACUGCCAAAAACUGGGAGAAAGCGUUGUUCCGCACUAACUGUAAACCAACUGGCAAUGUUGGGAAAGAACUGGAAGAAGCCGGCUGCUGUGAUACAGGGACAAUUCAGACUUCUGUCACGGUCCCGUUGUGAAGUUGAGAUUGGUUAUCAUGCAGAGGUUCUGAAAAUCUUCAAACAGGCCAACUCCAGGCAUUAUGAUAUGAAAACGAGAAAGUGGAGCUUCCUGUUGGAGGAUUACAAACAGCUGAUUGAUGCUCUAUCAAAGAUCUCUGCUGUGCAAAUAGAGCCAUUCCCGAGAGGGGUGCUGGAGAUCUUCCUGCCCCAGUUUGAAAAGACCUCUCUGGAGCCUCUUGAAGUCCCAGAAGCUGAUUUGUCAGCCGUCGAUCCCAAACUGGUCCAUAGCCUAAUGCCAUUCCAAAGGGAUGGAGUGAAUUUUGCCAUAUCUCGGGGAGGCCGUUUGCUGUUGGCUGAUGACAUGGGACUUGGAAAGACACUUCAGGCCAUUUGCAUCGCUGCAGUUUAUCGCAAAGAAUGGCCAGUGCUCGUCAUUACUCCAUCCUCUGUCCGAUUUACCUGGGCACAGGCUUUUAGCCAAUGGCUGCCAUCACUAGAUACUCAGGCUAUUAAUGUUAUACUGACAGGGAAAGAUCGAUUAUUAUCCUCUCAUGUCAGCAUAAUCAGCUAUGACCUGCUCGCCAAACUCAAGAAUCAGUUGAUGGAGAGAAGCUUCCAGGUCAUCAUUGUAGAUGAAUCUCAUUUCCUGAAGAAUGUGAAGACAGCGCGAUGUAAAGCUGCUCGCCCCCUCCUCCAGGCAGCAAAGAGACUCAUCCUUCUCUCUGGGACACCAGCGAUGUCCAGACCAGCUGAGCUGUACAGUCAGAUCGCUGUGCUCCAGCCCAAACUGUUUCCAAACUUCCACGACUUCGGAAUCCGUUACUGCGCUGCCAAACGGUUGCCCUGGGGAUGGGAUUACUCAGGAUCAUCCAAUCUGGUGGAACUGCGGCUGUUGCUUCUGGAGUCUCUCAUGAUCAGGCGGCUGAAAUCUGAUGUAAUGACACAGCUACCAGCUAAGAGGCGUAAAAUGGUGCUUGUACAGCCUGAGGGCGUGAGUGCGAAAGCCAGGGCAGCAUUGGAGGCAGCUGCUAAAGAGAUGACAAAAGACCAUAAAACGAAACGAGAGAAAAAAGAGGCUUUGCUGCUCUUCUACAAUCGUACAGCGGAGGCCAAAGUCAGAUCAAUUGUGGAAUACGUGAAGGAUCUGCUGGAGAGUGGCAGAGAAAAGUUCCUGGUGUUUGGGCAUCACCGGCUGGUUCUAGAUGCGUUAUGUGAGACUCUAGAAGAGAAGAAAGUUAAAUUUAUCCGUAUUGAUGGCUCCACUUCCUCCUCCGAUCGCCAGUCCCUGUGUGACCAGUUCCAGUUCUCUGAGCAACGCUGUGUAGCUGUGCUGUCUAUCACAGCUGCCAAUAUGGGCUUGACUUUAUCCUCUGCUGAUCUGGUCGUCAUUGCUGAACUUUUCUGGAACCCUGGGAUCCUGUUUCAAGCUGAAGAUCGAGUUCAUCGCAUAGGGCAGUUAAACUGUGUGGAUAUUCAUUACUUGGUUGCUCGAGGCACUGCUGAUGAUUAUCUCUGGUGAGGAAAGUGGACUGUGUACAGUUCAUAUGACACAGAGAUAGAGAUUUCCCAGCUGCAUCAACACAUUUAGUUGUGAAGCCAAGGUCUU